AUGACCGAUACCACGAGCUCGCUGAUCAGCAACUGGAAAUGCAUUCUCGCAUGCACACUUGUUUCCAUGUCACCAUUCCAGUAUGGUAUCGAUUUCGGUGCCAUUGGUGGACUCCAAGCUAUGCGUGGCUUCCUUGAAGUCUUUGGACACCCUGAUCCCUCGGUUCCACUUGGCUACAAUCUCUCGCCCACACGCCAGCAGCUCAUCUCAUCGCUCAUGAUCUUGGGUGCAUUCUUGAGUUCAGGCAGCGCGGGUAUCUUCGCAGCAUAUCUUGGACGGAGGCAUUGCUUGUGGUUGGCGAGCUUGCUGUGCUGUGUGAGCAAUGUGGUCAUGAUGACUACAACAAGUAUUGGUGGACUCUACGCCGGCCGCUUCCUCAUCGGUCUUGCGAAUGGGUGGUACAUGACCUUUUCGCAACUAUACAUUCAGGAAAGCGCCCCGGCUCGGUACCGCGGUCUUCUGAUCUCAGUCUUCCAAAUUUGGACUUCCAUCGGUUCCCUCAUCGGCACAGUUAUUGACAAUGCUACACACGACAUGGAUGGAAAGAACUCAUACAUCAUCCCACUCGGCACAAUCUAUAUCAUCCCCGUAUUCAUGUCCGUUGCCCUCAUAUUCAUUCCCGAAUCUCCCCGCUGGUUGAUACUGGUAAACAAGCCAGAGCAAGCCAGGAAAGCCAUGCUUUGGUUGCGUCCCCAUCCCGAAUCUGUCCCAACAGAACUCGCUGAGAUCCAGGCCGCCAUUGAUGCAGAGAAAGCUACCAAGGAUUCUGCGAACUUCAUCGACAUCUGGAGAGACCCGGUUGACAGAAGACGUACGCUUCUGGCUGUUGCCGCUGUCUCUACCCAAGCUGCAUCCGGUGCUAUGUUCAUGAUCGCUUAUGGCACUUACUUCUUUUCAAUGGCGAAUGUCGGCAGUCCCUUCAUGAAUAGCUGCAUCCUAACAGCCGUCGGCGUACUAGCCAUCAUCGUCAACAGCUGCGUCAUCUCCAAAAUCGGACGACGACGUGUCUUCCUCAUGACUGGCUUGUCUAUCUGUGGUAUUACUCAGAUCAUAAUUGCUGCCGUCUACCAUGUCGAACCAGGCACCGUGCGCACCGGAAAGGUCAUCGUCGGUCUCUCUAUCAUCUACAUCGCCGGAUACAACGGUAUGAUUGCGGCUUACGCCUGGCUCUCCGGUGGCGAAAUCCCCUCACAGCGUCUCCGUUCCUACACAUUCGGCGUUGCAGCGGCUGUCGGUUUCGCUGGCGCUUGGCUCGCUACUUUCACCGCACCGUACUUCAUCAACCCUGAUGCGCUGAACUGGGGCUGGAUUUGGGGUCCCUCUUGUCUCGUCACUGUUCUGUGGGUGUACUUCUAUCUUCCUGAAAUUAAAAACCGCACUUUGGAGGAAAUCGAUGAGAUGUUUGAGGCUAGGCUUUCAGCGCGCAAAUUCAGAAAGUACGUCUGCGUUGGAAGGGCGGUGAUGGGUGCGGAUGAGAAGGUCGUAGGUAGGACGGGUAGUACGAGUACCGAGAAGGAGGACGGUGUUGAGAGACUUGAAGUUGUUGGUGUGUCCAAGACUGAAUAA